CCUCGGUCAGAUGUAUGUGAUCGAUGUUGUUUUUGGACGUUCGUUGUUGUGUUUAGAUUUGGUUUAGAUUUACGCCAGCGAAAGUUAAACCGAAUUGUCAGUACUUGCUGUCCUGAAAAUUAUUCAAACCUUUGUUUAUUGAAAUUCAUAAAGAUCAAUUUGACGAAUACCUUUUCUGUGAAGUUUUUAGACGGUUUGUAACAAUGGGCUUUGGUAAUUUGCUUGCGUUGAGUCAAGUGUGCGGAUUUGUUCUGCUGCUCUUACUUUCCUUAUUCAUAGUGCCCCCUAUGUGUACAUACAGCCAAGCCUUCGAGGGCAAGUGUUUAUUAUUUGCAUCGGGACAUUAUGAUGAUAACGUUUUAAACACUUCCAUAUCGUUCAACAUAGAUAGUUGGGGUGCUCCUGGCUUCUGUACCUAUACAAUAUUUAUGGGAGUUGCCCAAAUAAUUAUGUCUUUUGUGCAAAUCGUGCGGUUAUCGAUACACCUAGCAAAUGACACAGACAGUUCAUUUAUCGGAGUAUUUAUGACAACACUAUCUACGUUGCUGUUUUCCUUUAUGAUGCUUAUCUGCUGCCUUGUUGUUACCAUCGGAUUUAUGGCCUGGUGUCGUUCAGUGACAACACACAGUUUUGUUAGUUCGUGUGAAAUGGUGGGCUAUUCAAACAUAUGGAGCCAUGUUGAUAAUAUUGAUGCUACCAAAUUUAGCAUUCAAUUUGGAAUAACACAAUUUGGUCUCUGGUUUUCCUUGAUUGUUUGGUUUGUUGAGAUGAUUUUUGUAUCAGUGAAACUUUUCCGUUAUCACCAACAAGAGGAUAUCAUGCGUAGUUUAAUGCGCGAAAGACAACGCCUCCUUGGUCAGUACCAACAACCCGAAUUCAUGUGAGUGAAGACAGGUACCAGUUUAGUUGGUGAAGAUUGAGCGUCAUUAACCAAGAUUUGCAAUUAAGUAGUUUGUGAGUUGUUGAAGAUUAAGGCCUGGCACACACUGCGUCAUACGAUGCUCAUACCAACCAUCAGCUGACAAAUCCAUUUCCAUUCUCUGUGAACGCUUGACGACUGACUGUUGAUUGUUAAUGGCAUCUGACUAAGCAACUGUCAUUAAAAAACAUGCAUUGCACACGCCCCGUCACAAUGAGUUUUCCACAAAAUUGCAUCAGCCGACAAGUCUGAACAGUGUGUGCCCGGUUUAAGAGGCUCAGUUGUGCAGUGCCAAUAAUAUAUUAAUGUUACUCAAUCAUUUACUAAAAUGGUUGAUUAAAACCAAGAAAAAUUUUCAUUGGAAAGUUUACCUUAAAAUGGAGCUACUGUACUGUAUUAUCAGAAAUAUAACUACAAACUGCUACUAGUUACUCAGUUUUAUACUUUUAUGUACACAAUUUUAUAUAUUUUAGGUACCUACAGUUUACCUUAAAAAGCAUGUACUUUAUUGACCUUUUACGCACA